GUAAAGAUGAAGCUACAGUUGGCACUGGUCUUAUUUGGCAUUACAUUGGCCUUGGGCCAGAUUAUUCCCCGAGGCAGCUGGUGUCCUGUGCCAAUCUCUCCGAGAUUGCCAAGGCUCGUGGGAGCUGUUCGACUGAUCAUCAUCCAUCACACGGUCACAGCGUCCUGCUUCAAUCCUCAGCAGUGCUUGUUGGCAUUGAGGCAAAUUCGAGCGGAUCAUCUGCGCAGGAAGUUCAGGGAUAUAGGCUAUAACUUCCUGAUCGGCGGCGAUGGUCGGAUCUACGAAGGCUUGGGUUUCGGCAUCCGCGGCGAACAUGCUCCCAACUAUAAUAGUCAGUCCAUUGGCAUUGCUUUCAUUGGCAAUUUCCAGAGUGGACUACCUCCUCCCCAGAUGCUGCAAGCUGCCCGUACCCUCAUCCAAAUUGGUGUCCAGCGCCGCCAGGUUCUGCCCAAUUAUACUCUUGUGGGACAUUGUCAGACCAAAGCCACAGCUUGUCCGGGAAAACACCUCCUAGAAGAGCUCAAAAAGUGGCCGCGCUGGCAGCCAAAACCUUAGGUUUCCAAAGGAAUACGAAAGAUAUUAUAGAAUAUUAUAAGAACAUACAAAAUUUUAAAUGGUGAAAGGACCCUUAAUUCUUUCCUUAAAUAUUCAAGUUUUCAAUCUCGUAUAGAAAAGUGGAUAUAAAUAA